AGGUAAACUAUUGUCACGUGACUACUACACGUCAUCCCGGACACGAGAUUAUACCUUAGUUUGCUCUUGCUUUCCUUUGACUACAAGUGCGCGGUGGACAAGAUGUUUAGAAGAGCUUCUUUAUAUGGAGCAUCUGCAACCACUGACAACCCCGAAGAUACAGUCAUUGAAAGUAACCGACGGAUGCUUGUCCAGCAGCUUGCGUGUGACGUCAAGUUUAAGGUUGGGCAGUCGAAGUCGCCGGUAGGUGCCCACAAGUAUGUGCUGAGUGCCAGGAGUGACGUCUUCUUUACCAUGUUCAACGGGUCGAUUCCCCAAAGUCAUGAUGUAGAUGUUCCUGAUACUGAGAUGGAACCCUUCAAGAUAUUCUUACGCUACCUCUACUGUGAUGAAGUACUCAUUGACAUGGACAACGUGUUUUCUGUCCUUUACUGCUGCAAGAAGUACAACGUCCAGUCUCUGUUGACCAAGUGCGUGGACUUCGUCAAGGACAUGAUGUCUGUCGACAACGUGUGUCCCUUGUUCGAACAAGCUCACUUCUUUGGCGAGAAGCAGUUGUACAAGAGUUGUCUCUCUUUCAUUCACCAAAAGGGGAUGGCAGUGUUGCAAACAACCGGAUUCAUUCAGCUCUCGCGCGCAUACGUUUUUGACGUCAUUUCCUCCGACUCUUUGGCUUGUGAGGAAAGCUUCGUCUUCGAGGCUAUGCUUCGCUGGGCAGAGGCGGAAUGUAAACGUCAACACAAACCUGUACACGAUUCGAAUUUGAGGGACAUUCUUGGUGAACUGCUGUUCCAAAUUCGGUUCAGUCUGCUUAACAUGUGGUAUUAUUCUUCAAAGGUUUCUACUCGCAAGAUACUGACAGAUGCUGAAAAGCUGUUCCUUUUUCAGGCAAUGUCAGGCACAGCAGUAGACACAGUGAAGUUUAAUUGUGAAAAGCGAAUGAACGGGCUUUAUUGCUAUUACAGAUAAAAUGUUUAUAUUAUUCCAGAAAGUUUGUGAAACUGCAUCCAGUAAUAUGGAAGUUGGUGAAUGGAAUGUGGACGUUUUGCACUUUAUACAGAGACAUUAGGAUACACUGAUGUUUAUCUUACCUCACAUAUAAAUGUCGCUUUCUGA